UUAGAGCCGUACUCCUCACAGACAAGCACAUUGGUGACAAGAGAUUUGUGCCAGCUCCAGCUCGACUGCUUGCAACGUCUGCACCCAGUGGUGCGCAUCAACGAGCCCUGUACGGUGCAGCAGUUUGCAGCCAGUACACUACGCCGUAACAGCACGCGCGAGCGGCAAGCAGCACACCAUCACAAAAUGCCCUUCGCCUCGCCGUCCGCCAUGGCCGCCCUCGGCGAGGUCAAGGCCGCCUGGGGCCUCGAGCGCUGGAAGGCCCUCGACGCCGCGACCAAAACCAAACUCUGGAACGCGCGCCGCGCCGGCGAGGACGGCUGGACGCCGCCGGACUUUGCGCCCGCCGUGACGCCGUCGCCGCCCCGGGACGAGGACUCGAGCAGCGGCGAGGAGGAGGUCGUCGAGAGCGGUGCCGUGGCGACGCCGGACAAGGACGACGACGGCCUCUCAGGAAUGCUCUCGUCGCUGUCGGUCGCUCCAGCCCCGGCACCGAAGGACGUAGACGGACUAGAGGAGGCGCUCGCGUCCAUAAAUCUCGGACCCCAGACGCCUCAAAAGAAGCCCGCCGCGGGCGGCCCCGCGUGGGACUCACUAAGGCGCUACCAGCGCGCCCUGGUCCUGGACGUCGAGGACCGGCUCCGGUCGCCGCGCGCGCGCACGGCGGCGCGGCCCUUCGCGUCCGUGCUGUGUUCGCUGGCGACGGGCGGGGGCAAGACGCGCGUCGCCGCGGCUUUUCUGGAACGGAACUGUCGUGGGGAGGCGGCGCUCUUCGUCGUCAAUCGGACCGUGCUCUCGACGCAAGCUCAAGAUGCUUUACGGGACUACUGCGCCGUCAUCGAGUGGGACAAAGGAGACAUUAUCAAGCCGUUGGCGGACGACCGGCCGACGGUCUACGUGGCGACGAUUCAAGGGUUAAGAGCGUCCGGUGCGUUACAAAAGCCCUUGGACGGCGUGGCUUGCGUUGUCAUCGACGAGGCGCACCACGGCGCCGCGGACUCGUACCUAUCUUUACUGUUCGCGGGCCUGAAGUCCAACGCGUCGGCGAAGGUGCUAGGUUUGACCGCUACGCCAUUUAGAUUGGCUCGCGAUGCGGUCUUGGGGUCUGCCUUCUCGUCGGCGGCGCGCGGGCCGACGGUGCAGGAACUCGUCUCCAUAAAAGCGCUGGCGCCUCCCAAACUAAUCGCGUCGACGGCUCGAGAUCGAGUCGAAGCUAGAGGAAGGGACGAGGACGCGACCGAGGCGAACCUGGCCAAACUGCUCUGGUUGCGGGCGCGCCAAGCGGGCGCCAAGACGGCUGUGGCGUUCUGUCGCGAUAUCCGGCGGUCGCGGCUACUCGUCGAUGUCCUGAGAGGCGCCGGAGUGCGCGCCGAGCACCUCGACGGGAGCACGUCUGAGAAGGAUAGAAAACGUACAUUGGCCGAGCUGCGGGAGGGCAUUAUCGAAGUCGUGACGAACGCAUCAUUAUUAGCCGAGGGCUUCGACGAGCCCAGUCUGAGCGCCGUCAUAUUGGUGCGGCCGACGCAGUCGACCGCUUUGUUCGUGCAGCAGGUCGGCCGCGCGCUCCGGCCUUAUCCCGAGAAAACGUGCGGUUUUGUUAUCGAUGCCAUCGGCGCGGCCGAGCAGCACGGGUCGGCCUUCGGCCGCUUGCAUCGUCUGGAGCCGGACGACGGCGGAACUUUGGCGCGGGACCUCUCGGACCGCGCAGCCGCCGACGCGCCUCCGACGUUUCGGCUGUCGGCGAAGAAGGCGCCGCGACGCCGCGGCAUCGUCCGCGGGCCGCCGCCGCCGCCGGACCUUAUUGCUCUUGGACGGAAGCCCGAGAGGCCUCCGCCUCUUCCGGAGCCCGAGGACGUUGUGGCGCUCGGUAGCCUUUCCGUCGCCGACGACUCGAGCGGUGGCGAGGAAGAGGUGGUCGAGAGCGGACGGGCGCCCGACCCCGCGCCGGAAGCGUCGACGCCACCGUAA